UUCCGAUGUCCAAUAGCAUGCUUUUUACAUUUGUUACUUUUUUUUACAUAUCAUUCUUAGAUAUGUAAAUUUUUGUAUUCUUCGAGGAUUAUUUCUACAUACGACGUCAAAACUGAGGUUUUUACAUUUACAAGAGGGAGUUUGCACUCUUGAUUCUCAUUCUUUGAAUUCACGAAUGUUUUUUGAUACGAUAGAUUCAAAAUACUGCUGUGCGCAGAGGAAAAUACCGAACAUAUAUUGAAAAGAAAUAUUACAUGUUGAAUCCAUUUACACCUGUAAAAAAUGGAGAUGUUAUGUACUGUGGGAAGGAUAGUUGAUAUAUCUGAACCAAUAUUGGCAGAAGACAGCUCAUUUUCUAGACUGGCGUUAUCAUUGACAGCAAUCUUAGAACAGUUAGAUAAACGAGAUGAUGCUACAACUCAAGAUUAUCUCGUUGCUCUGCUGCUUGUUUUAUUAGCAGAAUCUGGGUUUCGUGUUGCGUCUGUUACUAACAGUUCAAUGUGGGAGCAAAAUACAAGAAUGGUUCAUAUACCUGCAGAUUGGAAGACAUCAGAAAAAAAUAUACGGUAUAAAAUAAAUCUUGUAUUGAACAACUUGCAGAAUACUCAAUCAGAUUUAAUUGUGUUUAAUUUGGAAGAUAAAUUGGUAGUCAAUUUGUGUUCACGCAUAGGAGAGCAACAGAUGUAUAGUAUGAUUGUAGAUACCUUAAAGUAUGUAAACCCACACACAAGUAAUUCAUGUUUACGAUAUAUGAAUCUUAAGGAUAUAUCGCAUAGAUUUAAAGAUCAAUUGUGUACACCUAUACGUUCAAACAUAUUAUCAACUUUAAAUUUGAGUAAUCCUAGUUUUCUGGGCCUGCCAUUAGAAUUACAAAUUGAAAUUGCAUCUAUGCUGGAUACUUGGGAAAUAUGCCGUUUGGCACGAUGUUCAAGGACCCUUUUUGAUAUUUGUUUAGAUCCGAUGUUGAACCUAAAGCUGAAUAAAAAAAAACCGAAGGUGGAUAAACUAAAUGAGAAUCUUUAUCGUAUGUACAAGCGUCUUAAACGAGAAUGAAACACUUACAGCUAAUUUGGACAAUAAAUUGUGAGAUUAUUCUGAAAGUUUUAUCAAAAUGCUCUAUACAGUAUAUGCCAUGUAUGAGCACAUUUAUGAUUAACAGGAAUGUUAUUUUUUCUAUUGUUUUGAUAGUAAAAGUUAAUUUAAUGAAUUAUUUCUAUUAUGAUUAUGUUUGAAACUGCCAAAUAUUUACGGU